AUAAAUAAUGAGGUUAAGUAAAAAAUAUAAUAAUAAAAAGUAAUUUAUAACAAUUUUAAAGAAACUUAUUAAUUAUAUCAUUUAGAUUUAACAAUUAAAUAAUUGUUUUUGUUUCCAAGAUUAAUUAAUUAACAAACUAUUCAUUAUAAUUAAUUUUUAAAUUAUUAAAUAGUUUUUUUUGUUUUGUGAUGUUCCAAAAUACUGUUGUGUACUGUUUUAAGUGCAUCAUUAGAAAUAUUCACAAAACUGAAUUAAAAACUAUACAUGAAACAAAUAAAUUUUUGGCAAUGCAAAAAAUGAAACGGUUGAAGAAAUCUUAUACACAUUUUAGUGCAAAAUUAAAGGUACUUGGCAGUGGAGCACUUGGAACUCCAGAAAAUAUAUUUUUUAUAUCUGAUCAUAUUAAUUAUAUAUUUAAUUGUGGAGAAGGUACUCAACGUUUAAGUCAAGAACAUCAUUGUAAAUUAUCCAAAACUUAUAAUAUUUUUGUGACAUAUUCUUCUUGGAAAAAUGUUGGAGGUAUUCCAGGUUUACUUUUAACGGCACAAUCAAGUGGUCUAACAGAAAUAAAUAUUCAUUGUCCAGAAGGAUUUAGUAGUUUUAUACAAACAAUUCAAUCAUUUAUAUCCUUACCAAAUCUAAAAAUUUCUUAUCCUGUAAUCAAUGAAUCUGAAGUAUAUAAAGAUAAUGUAAUGAAUAUUUCAUAUGUUCCUAUAACAAAAUCUUCCAAAAAUACUAAAGAAAGUUCUUUAAAUUUAACUGAUAAAGAACAAUGUCAUACAAAUAUAAAUGGUAAAAGAGUUAUUAAUGAAAAAACACAAGAAGAAGAAAUAAAAACAGAAAAAAAAGUAAAAAGUAUUCCACAUUUAUUAUGCUUUAUUUGUGACGUUCAUCCAAAACGUGGAAAAUUGUUAAUACAGAAAUGUAUAGAUUUUGGGGUAUCACCUGGACCAAAUUUUGAUUUAUUAAAACGAGGAUUGGAUAUUACUAAAGAAGAUGGAACAAUUGUUCAUAGCAAAGAUGUAGUAGAAGCAAAUACACCUAAAACCACUUUUAUAGUUUUAGAAUGUCCAACAGAAGAAUAUUUGGAUUCCAUUGUAAAUCACCCUACUUUUUUAAAAUAUCAACAGACAGAAUCAAUAAAAAAGGAAGAUGAAGUUUUUUGCAUAUUUCAUUUCACUCCUGAAAAAAUUUUCACAAGUCAACAAUAUCAAGAUUGGAUAAAAAAGUUUUCCUCAAAAACAGAACAUAUAAUUUUAAAUGAUGAAAAUACUUGUAUGGGCAGUGAAGCUGUUUAUAAGAACCAAUGUUUAUUAAAUAUGUUGCAUCCUGAAAUAUUUCCUUUAUUAAAUAAAGAUUGUUUUGAAAAAGAUAAAGAGACUAAAAGUAAUAACUUUCAUCGUGCUAGAACAGCACAAAUAUUAAAUAUACGGCCAAAUUUAACUACUUUAAUUAAUAAUGAAAUUUAUAAGAAAUCAGAAAAGUAUAUUGAUGAAGUUUUAAAAAUUCCUAAAUUUACAGAUGUUUUAAAGGAAUUAAAAGUAAUUAUUAAUGAAAAAUCAUCAGAACUUAAUUUAAAUAAUAUUUCUGACUAUCCACGAAUUAUAAUGUUAGGUACUGGUUGUAGUGUACCAAAUAAAAUUAGAAAUACAAGCAGUAUUCUUUUACGAGUUAAUAAAGAUAGUAGCAUUUUAUUGGAUUGUGGAGAAGGUACUCUUGGUCAAAUUAUUAGAUAUUAUGGGGUUUCAGAAGGUCUUAAUAUUUUACGUACUAUUAAGGCUAUUUAUAUAUCACAUAUACAUGCAGAUCACCAUUUAGGAUUAAUUGGUUUAUUAUUACAAAGAAAAAAGAUCACAAAUCAAAAAUUAUAUUUACUAUCACCGAAAUGUAUGAUGCCAUGGCUAAAUUUUUUCAAUGAUCGAUUUGAAUCUAUUGCCCAUCAAUACAUUUUAAUGGAUAAUAGUAAUGUAUAUCUAAAUUAUCAUAUGUUAUCUAUAUCUUUUGAAUUUGAACUGUAUAAUAAGUUAGAUAUUAAAGAAAUAAAUACAAUUCAUGUUCCACAUUGUAAACAAUCAUUUGGUAUUGCUAUUACUCUCAAAGAUAAUAAAAAAAUUGUUUAUAGUGGUGAUACUAUAUUUUGUCGAAAUCUUAUAACUUUAGGACAAAAUUGUGAUUUAUUAAUUCAUGAAGCAACUAUGGAAGAUGGUCUUGAAAAAUUAGCUAAAAGUAAAUUACAUUCAACUACUUCUCAAGCAAUAGAUGCUGGAAAAUUUAUGAAUGCAAAGUUUAUAUUAUUAACGCAUUUCAGUCAACGUUAUUCAAAGAUUCCUUCUAUUCCGGAAAAAGAAACAAAUGUUGGACUAGCUUAUGAUUUCAUGGAGUUUAAAUUACCGCAAUUACCAUUGUUACCUCUCUUCUAUCCUUGUAUAAAAAUAAUGUUUAAUGAAUAUAAUAAAGUAAUGAAUUAAAUACUCGCAAUAUAUUAUUAAUUAUUAUACUUAAAAAUAUUUAAAAAAUUAUAUGAAAAAUUAUGUUAUAUAAAAUAAAUUAUCUUUUUUCGGAUUAUCUUUUAUGAAAUUAGAAAAAUCAAUUAAUAGUUUUGGCUUAAAAAUGAAUAAUAGAAUUAAAAGGCUAUGAUUCUGGAAAAUGGUAGUAUAAGAAAAAUUUUAAUAAACAAAUGUUUAAUAGCAGAAUUUAUUGCUUACAUAAUGCAUUUAGAUUAUCCCGCUUUCCUCAAUAUGAUAAAUAACAUAAACUACAGAUAGUUUUGCCGAAGUAACGACCUUAAUAUUAAUUUUGUUUGUAUAUGAAAAAUAGAGAGCAGAUAAAAAAAAGUAUCAUAUAAA